AUUGGGUUGAAUUUUGGGUGCUCGCAGGUUGUCGUGAUCCCUCGCAGCAAAUUGUUACAGAAAUUUCACAAAAUGGCCUUAGCCAUGGUUCGUAGGAAUCUCAUCACCCACUACACCAAGUUUGCAUCUUCUUGGAGUGUGUUGUCUCGCCAUUCCUCAAUCCAUAACCCUUCCUUGGAGUCUGUUUCUCCAUUUCAUAGCCAAUCUGGUGGUGGUGGUGGUGGAGGUGGCGGGUUGCCGUCUUACAUGCGUGGAGCUGUGUAUUGGGAACCCAAUAAACCUCUUUCGAUCGAGGAAUUUCACAUGCCUCGCCCCAAGGCCGGUGAAGUUCUCAUCAAAACCAAGGCCUGUGGAGUAUGCCACUCUGAUCUGCAUGUUAUAAAAGGUGAAAUUCCGUUUUCCAGUCCUUGUGUUCUGGGGCAUGAGAUUACCGGUGAGGUUGUUGAACAUGGACCACAAUCUGACAGCAAAACAAUUGAAAGGCUUCCCGUAGGGUCCCGAGUUGUUGGAUCCUUCAUCAUGCCUUGUGGCAACUGCUCCUACUGUUCAAAGGGUCAUGAUGAUCUGUGUGAAGCUUUCUUUGCCUAUAACAGGGCUAAAGGAACCCUCUAUGAUGGUGAAACUAGACUAUUUCUUCGAAACAGUGGAAAACCAGUAUACAUGUACAGUAUGGGAGGGCUUGCUGAAUACUGUGUUGUGCCAGCAAAUGGAGUGGCUGUACUACCAGAAUCAUUGCCAUAUCCAAAGUCUGCAAUUCUAGGAUGUGCUGUUUUUACUGCUUACGGUGCUAUGGCUCACGCAGCUCAAGUGCGUCCUGGUGAUUCUGUUGCUGUUAUUGGAACUGGGGGUGUUGGUUCUAGUUGUUUGCAGAUAGCUAGAGCCUUUGGUGCUUCGGAUAUAAUUGCUGUGGAUGUUCAGGAUGAAAAGCUACAGAAAGCAAAGACAUUUGGUGCUACUCACACCGUAAAUUCAGCAAAGGAGGAUCCCGUUGAAAAGAUAAAUGAAAUUACUGGUGGAAAGGGUGUUGAUGUUGCUGUAGAAGCCUUGGGGAGACCACAAACAUUUGCUCAGUGCACACUAAGUGUGAAGGAUGGUGGAAAAGCCGUAAUGAUUGGACUGGCACAAGCUGGUUCUUUAGGAGAGGUCGAUAUAAAUCGGCUUGUUCGCAGAAAGAUACAAGUUAUUGGCUCGUAUGGAGGCAGAGCGAGGCAAGAUCUUCCAAAACUAAUUAGAUUGGCAGAAACAGGUAUAUUCAAUCUUGACGAUGCUGUUUCUAGAACAUACACCUUUGAGGAGGCAGCAAAAGCAUUCCAAGAUCUCAAUGAAGGAAAAAUUAUUGGGCGAGCUGUGAUUGAGAUUAUAUGAGUGUAUGUUCUCAGAAGUGCUUUUGUGCAGCAUCAGCUCUGCUUCUCACAGCCCAAAAGGGUAUAUGUGGUUUGGAGUUGCAAGGUGUUGGUGCCCUGAGAACACAAAUGGAGAAAUGUCUUUUUAUGUGACAUUGCAGGGGCGUGUUCAAAUAAAAACUGUUUCUUUUUUGUCCAUUGCUUUGCUUCGUAAAGCAAGGUGAAAGAAUAAUGGUCUCUGAAUGCUCAUCAUUGCCAUGUUAAAAAAAUGUGUUGAAUGUAUGUAUAAGCAAUGCGUAUCAGUUGUCUAUUGCCUCUUGUUUGACCAAGAUGUUUAGGACGGUUAUUUAUUAGGCUAUUGUCUACGAAGUUUGUUGUUUUUAGAA